AUGCCCCGCCCUGUUUCAAAGUUUGCCGAGUGGCUUGCGAGGGCUCCUAUCCAAGAUAAAUUCGGUCUUUGCGGACUCCUCGCUCUUUUAUGCUGGAUAUCGUAUAGCCUUGGACUCAGAUUUAGCUAUUUACCACUGAGGUUACAAAGCGCCGUAUCCUGGAGACGCUUCUUCCAGGCGCCAACACCAGACGUGCUCCAGUCGCUGGAUAUCCCGUCAUACUCGCAAGGGGGCAUACUUGCAACCCUGGUGAUUGCCAACGUCAUUGUAAUCACCUUUCAUACUCAAAGCUGGGCGGAUGUGCACAGGCGAGCCGGAUGCCUGGCGGUCACACACCUUGUUCCCCUCUACUCCGGGUUCAGCUUCAGCCUUCCGGCCCACAUUUACCGUAUCGAACGGGGCACGUUUCAGUGGGCCCACCGGUGGCUAGGCCGCAUUUGCGUGCUACAUUGCCUUCUUCAUGGGUCCAUCUUGAUCACAAUGGCUCGAAAUACCAUGUUUGGAGCUCCCCUCGUCCUUCCACUCCUGGCCGGAUGCAGUCUCAUCUCAAUCAUGCCUUGGACGCUUGCUGGAAUUCUUCGACGGUGGCCGCAACUCGGCCUCGAGGUCCAUUAUGUGCUAGCUUCGAUCGCCACCGGCGCCCUUUUCUACCAUUUGAUCGACCGAGCAUCAUCCUACCGCUGGGUUUUACUGGGUGGUAUUUGCGCUGGAUGUGCCUGGAGUGCCGUCACUUGCCUGCACAGCAUGUGGGUCCAUAGGUCGUGGCGUAUCACCGCUCGAAAAGCCCUCGCGCGGUCUUCCAACCGGCUGUUAUGGCUUGAUAUUGUGGUUCCAGUAGAGUGGGUGGCUCGACCGGGGCGGUAUGUGCAGCUCUGGAUGCCACGCUUGGGAGUCAGAUCCUGCUUGCAGCUUCCUGCAUUUCACGUGGCUUCGGUGGCUACAGUGCAAAACCCUCCAGAAGCACCAACUCGUCUGCUACACAUAGUGACCCGACCUGGGCAGGGUGUGACUGGUAGGAUCGCACAAGCUGCGGAUCGUGCGCACUCCACAAUUCAUUUUCCAGUGUGCGUGCUGGGUCCUUACGGGCACCCACCUUACCUGGAACAGUACGGGACCGUCGUGUUUGUACUUGAAGACAUUGGACUCUUCCGUGCGUUGCCGUUCAUACGACACCUCGUUGAAGAAAGCCGAAGCCGGAAGAAUACGGUGCGACGGCUACAAGUUCUGUGGCAAGUUAAGCUGCAAAACUUCAACCAUCCCCAUUGGGUAGGGAACGAAAUAUCGCAAAUCCUCGAGCUUGACCGUAUGUUUGACCGAGACGAUUGUCCCGAGCAUAAACAUCGAGAUGACCGGGGAUUUGAUAUCCUGCAAUUCACCACGCAUAUUCUAGGCACUCAGCCCGCGGACCAGAUUCGUUACCGCAACCGAACGCGCUUGAAAGUAUGCGCAAGCAACCCGUUACGCGCAGCAGUUCGCCGUGUCGUUCAUCCCAGAAUGACGGGUACUGUUCGGUUAAUUGACCUGGACCUUGAACCCUCUGGCAACUGGUGGACUGGCGAUGACCCUUUCGACCAUGUAAAAUCCGACAGGAUGACAGCCUCGGAGCGAGCAGAAUCUUGCAGUGCUGGUACAAGUUUUGAGCCCACUUGGACGCCGGCCCCCGUUCCUGUUGCACAUACGGUCUCUGAACAGUCCGCGCGGCUCUCAGGAGAAACAUUGGUCGAUAUCAGACAAUCCUGGCAAGGCGAUGGGUCGGCGGUUGGAGGCCAGAGUGCCAAUCACAAAAGUGGGUUCGGCAGAAAAUCAUGGAGGGUGUGCAUGGCAUCAGGCGGUGAAUAA